CGAUAAAUAAAUAGUGAUUAAACAUAUUACUUGUAUUUGUUUUCACAUUUUGUAUUGUAUUAUAACACAGCAAAGUAACGACUGUCCAAAAGUUACAAAAGUAUCUAGUUUCUGGAAUUUUGGGAACUGAUUCUGCCCGCAACCUCGUCUGUGAGAAAUAAUGAUGAGGAUUUUUAAUUACUACUUAAAGUCCUUCUCCGGGCAUCACAUUAAUUUAAAUCAGUCCAGAUGUAAACUUUAUUUUUGUAAGUUAACAUCAUGACGACGAAAUAAAAGUCGGUUUUGGUACUGUUUGGUCGCAGUUAACCUGACACGUUCCUCCUCGCUUUGCUCGUCGUCGCACCUAUCUUGACUCUGUUAAAUGACUAGACCUUAUAUUAUAAUAAAAAACCGAAUCAGACACGCGUUCCAAGGGUUCCGUACAUUAAAUCCUACUCACACUUAAAUGCACAUUUCUAAUAGGUUUACCUGUCAUCUAUAGGCAAAGAACUAUUUUGUGUAUUUUUUUCAAAAUGCUCUAACAUUACUUUCGGAGAUAAAGGGGGUGGGGGGGGGGGGGGGUGGUAAUUUUUUGCCUUUUUGAUGGGCUACAAAUAUAAUGACCACCAAAAAAUACUUUGGUACCCUAAAUAAAAAAAUCAUGCUUACCAAAAAAAAAAUACUGAACACCAAAAAAAUAAGGCCUAAAAAUACAAAAGUACCACCGUUUUAAUUACGACUGCACUUCAAAUUGUAUUCAAAUACCAAAUAUAUUGAAUGAUCACCAAAAAUCAUUAAUGAUCACCAAAUCUUGAAGACCAAAUUAAUGCGAUAUUUUCACCUAAAUAAACCACUACGAUUACCAAAAAAUGUAUACAUAUCUCACAUUCCCCUCCCGCUCAACCCCCCGUACCUCGCACCGCAUACCUACCUAACCUAACCUAUUUAUUUAUAACGAAAUGCUACUAGAAAAGAAAGUUAAACUGCUAUCAGUUAAGUAGGGUAGGUUAGGUUAGCACUGCGACCAGUGCGACCCUUACAGAAACGAAAUGGUACUAGAAAAGUAGGUUAGGUUAGGUUUGAACUGCGACCUUUACAGAAACGAAAUGCUACUGUAAAAGUGGGUUACGUUAGGUUAGAACUGCGAUCCUCACAGAACCGAAAUGCUACCAGAAAACUGGGUUAGGUUAGGUUUGAACUGCGACCUUUACAGAAACGAAAUGCUACUGUAAAAGUGGGUUAGGUUAGGUUAGAACUGCGAUCCUCACAGAACCGAAAUGCUACUAGAAAAGUGGGUUAGGUUAGGUUUCAACUGCGACCCAUACAGAAACGAAAUGCUACUAGAAAAGUGGGUUAGGUUAGGUUUGGACUGCGACCCUUACAGAACCAAACUGCUAUGAGAAAAGUGGGUUAGGUUAGGUUUGAACUGCGACCCUUACAGAAACCAAAUGCUACUAGAAAAGUGGGUUAGUUUAGGUUAGAACUGCGACUGUUACAGAAAUAAAAUGCUACUAGAAAAAGGUGACGAAGUGGAUUAAUUAAUUUAAUAGGAUAACGAUAUAUUAAAUAUUUUUUGGUGGUCAUUUACUAUUUUUGGGUUUACAAUGAUUAUUCUGGAGUCAUUUGCUUUAAUAGGAUAGCAAGAUUUAAAAAUUUGGUUAUAAUUUUACAUUAAAAUGGAGUUCUAAUUUUGGUGGUCAUUUACUAUUUUUGGGUUUACAGUGAUUAUUUUGGUGUCAUUUUCUUUAAAAGGAUAGCAAGAUGUAAAAAUUUGGUUAUCAUUUCACAUUAAAAUGGGGUUUGAAAUUUGGUAAUCAUUUACUAUUUUUGGGUUAAUAAUGAUUAGUUUGGUGUCAUUUCCUUUAAAAUUAUAGUUAAAUGUAAUAAAAUUGGUAAUCAUUUCACAUUAAAAUGGUGUUAUAAUUUUGGUGAUCAUCUAUUAUUUUAGGGUGGUAAAAUAGAUUUUUUUGCUAUUAAAUUUUACUAAAUCUGGUAAUCAGUUAAAUAGCAGCCUUUUUGAUGUAUAACACGAUAUCGUUUCAAACCCUUUAUUUUUUAACUUUCUCAUUUAACCACCCCCCCGGAUUUAGGUAUUUCGUCCAAUGUGUGUUAACUUUAGGUAAUUCGAUCAUUAGGUAUACCGACGUUAGGUAAUUGGUUCAAGAACUUUAUUCUCAAAAAUAAUUUACAAAUUUCGCUUACUUGAGAAUACAAUUUUUAUAAUAUAUCUUAGGUGCAGUACUAACGUGCAGACAAUAUAAAAUAAAUAAGUAAUUAUCGAACGAGCGAGCGAAGCGAACGAAGUUCUUACAUUCGACUUGGGACACGCGGCUGGCUAGGGGCACGUCCCAGCAUUUCGAUGUUUUUAAGCUGAACUAGCAGAGGAUAGUUUGAUACUCAAGAACUUAAGUAAAUUUGUUCUAAUUUAAAUGAAAUUGGGUUUACGUGUAGUUGAGGGCAUUAUAUUUUAGUCAUUAAAUUAUGAGCAGGCUCGAUCAAGGGGUUAUUGAGCUAGAAGAGCUUAGAAGGCUAAAAAACGAUUUCUUGCUAUUCUGGUCAUCUUUUUGCAAGAAAGUAUAAAUAAUAAUAAUAAUAAAAUUUCUUUAUUUCAAUAACACAACUAAAAUAACAAGUAAAAGUUACAUUUAAGGUAGGGAGAAACACACAUCAGUCUGAUUUAGGUACCUACGUAAAGACUAAUUUAGUUGCAAAGUUACACGGAGAAAAAAAUAUUUUACAAUAUUACCAGAUUGUAUAGUAGUUAUGAUUCUAGUGUAGGAAAACAGAUUUCAGCCAUGUUUAAUAGACUAGUAUUUUGGACAAUAUUAGAAUAUUCUAGUUAAAAUAUUCUAGUACACUAAAACUCUGAUAUCGUUUUGGUAACAAUCUAAUAGUAACAGAGUAAAAUAUGCAUUUAGCAUACAACACUUUACAAUAAUUGCGAUGUUUACAAUAUUUAUUAAUUCGGUUCACCAUCAUGUCUGUCCAACUUCUGUUUGUAUUUGUUAGGAUUAUUUUGCAAGAAGUUAAUUUUGUUUCCAAAUUACCCGCUAGAUGUCGUUGUACCAUGUGUUAAAUUUCCUACUUCGCGGUAUUAAGAUUUUUCUACAAAACAUGACGUCUGGCUAAUAUUAAUUAUUGUCAAGCUUUUAGAACAGUUAUACCUCUAACGAAAUUAUACAUUAUUGUACAGUCAUUAGAGUGUUAUUCUUUUGGGCCCUUUUUACAUGGUCCUCCAAGUCGGAUGAGUUCAGCUAAGUGGAUUCGGUAAUCUUCGGGCCAACGGACGCCGGCUAAGGCAGUGGAUUAUAUGUGUGACGUAGUGAAGUGUCAAGACAACCGUGAGUACAUUAAAAUUAUUACGUAGUGCAACUGUCAAGGACUUAGUGAAAUUUCAACGAAUUUGGACUUUGAAAAAUUUCAUCAAAUUUUGACUUAGAAAAAUUCGUAGCAAGUUUGGACUUAGAAUAGUUUUGAAGAAAGUGGAACGACGGGGAAUCCACGCCCAAUUUUGCCUAGAUUGUGCUAAGUCCCAAACACUUUCAUCAUGGAGGCUCUUAUAAAAGUGCAGCAGGACUUGUAUUUGAGAAUUGAUAAGGCUAAAACUAACUUUAAAAAAUCGCCUAAGGAACGGCUUAACUCUGCAGAUUACCUUAGCACUAGAUUAGAAACCUUAGAAUCUUUGUGGAAUCAGUUUGUGACAAUUCAUACUCAAAUCAUUCAAGAGUCUACUACACUUGAGUUCACAGAGUAUGUAACUGAAGACGUAUAUUCUAGUGCGGAAGAGUUAUUCAUGGAUUACAAGUCGGAUCUUAAGGCUGCCUUAAAUAAACUAAACGCGUCAAUUCCUGGAAAGAGCACUGAGUCUACCACUGUUGGGAAUAAGUCAGAUAUUGGCCAAGGCAAGUCGGUGAUGGUAAAGCUACCAAAGAUUUCGAUUCCUACGUUUUCAGGGGAUUAUUCUGAGUGGACUAGCUUCAGAGAUCUAUUCAAGUCGCUCAUCCAUAAGAAUAAAGAUUUAGAUGACGUCCAAAAGUUGCACUACCUGAAAGGUUAUUUAGUCGGUGAAGCUGAACAGCUUCUGCGUCACGUACAGAUCACGCAAGAUAAUUACAGCGCCUGUUGGGAAAAAUUGGAAAAGCGCUAUAAUAAUAAGAAGUAUCUUUCCAACUGCAUUCUCAAACGCUUCAUGAGUCAGAAGAAUAUUACGACAGAGUCCGCGAAUGCACUCAAAGAAUUGCUGGACACUACGAAUGAGUGUUUAGAUGGAUUGAACAACUUAGGCAUCGACACAACUACAUGGGACAUAAUUGUGAUUCACAUCAUUUGUCUUAAAUUAGACAACGAGUCUAGGAAACAGUGGGAACUUAAGGUUAGCGAGUCUUCUGAUGAUUUGCCCACACUUAACCAACUUCGAGAAUUUUUAGAAACCCGAUUUAGGGCAUUAGAAUUUUUGGAUGGGAAAUCAUCGAAGACAAGCUUUGUUCCAAAGAAACCCAACGCACAAUCUAGUAGCAACUUAAAAGUGCAUCAUGUAACUGAAGUUUCUUGUGGCUAUUGUUCAGAAAAUCACAAAUUGUGUAAUUGUAAAGGUUUUGCAAAAAUCGAUGUUGAUGCUCAACGUGAUUUCAUCCAGUCCGGUAAUUUUUGCUUUAAUUGCUUAGGUUCAGGUCACAACGUAUAUUCCUGUCGCCAAUCUACUAGAUGCCGAAUUUGUAAGCGCAAACAUCAUUCUUUACUGCACCCAAAAACUAGCACUCAAGCAACCGAUUCUCAAGUCAAACCUACUCAAUCGGUUGAAGGCGAUAUUGUUGCACACGCAACAACAGCUCCAUCAUCAUCGUGUGAUGAGCCCAAUAAUGUAACAACGUGUUUUUCGACCAGUCGUGGACAAGUUUUCUUGCCAACGGCUUUGGUUCAAGCUCAGUCGAAAACAGGUUCAGGUAUAACGCUCAGAUGUUUAAUCGACCAAUGCUCGGAAGCCUCUUUCAUAACGGAGUCUGCAGCACAACUGCUCGGACUUAACAAGGUUUCCCACAAGAGCACUGUCACGGGACUAGGCGGUGAAGAGAGUUCACCUGUGAACUCUAAGUCGGUGGUAAAAGUUAAAAUUUCAUCACUCCUAGAACCUGACUUUGAAGUGAACGUGCAUGCUCAUGUUUUGGGCAAGGUAACAUCAAAUCGUCCGAGAAAACGUAUCGUCAUUGAUUCGUGGUCAGAACUGCCUAAAUUAGAUUUAGCAGAUUCCACAUUCAACAUUCCCGGCAAAAUCGACUUGCUCUUAGGGGCAGAGGUGUACGGUCAAAUACUUUUAAACAACAUGAUCAAAGCUCCACAAGGAGCACUCAUCGCUCAGCGAACGUCUUUAGGCUGGAUCGUUUCAGGGCCAACUCACUUAGGUGAGUCGGAAAUUCGUAAAAGCGUUAGCGUUAACCACAUUCAUUUAGAUGAAAAUGAGCUGCUCAAGAAAUUUUGGGAGCUCGAGGCUGACCACAAUACGACAGAUCUCAAGCAUCAUUAUACUGAAGACGAGAAGAAAUGUGAAGAAUUUUUUGCGGCUACCACUGAACGUGAUAGCACCGGUAGAUACAUAGUGAAACUACCAUUUCGUGAUCAAGAUCCCAGUUGCAAACACGGAAACUUUGUGCCUAUUGCAACUAGGCGUCUCAACCAAUUAGAAAAGAGGUUCGCAAAAGAUGCUGAAAUGAAGAAACGCUACUCGGAUGUCAUCAAUGAAUACCUUGAGCUGGAACACAUGGAAGAAGUUCCUCCAGAACAGGAGAACAACCCAGAUGCAGUUUACUUGCCACAUCAUGCUGUCAUCCGAGAUGACAGAUCCACGUCAAAGCUGCGGGUCGUGUAUGACGCGUCUUGUCCUGGCUCUAAUGGCGUUUCCUUAAAUCAAGACCUGUUAGUAGGUCCAAUUCUGCAACCUGUUUUGCGUCACACCAUUCUUCGUUGGCGUUGCCACCCUAUAUGCCUGGUAGCAGACAUUGUUAAAAUGUACAGGCAAGUGAAAGUUCAUCAAGACGAUAUAGAUUUUCAACGCAUUCUAUGGCGUGAAAACUCGGGGGAGAAGAUUAAGCACUUGAGACUGCUUCGAGUCACCUUUGGUACGGCCUCAGCACCUCAUCUUGCAGUGCGUGCUCUUCAGCAAGUAGCCUACGAUGAAGGAGCACAGUAUCCAAACGCUGCUGAUAGGGUCCUCAAGCAUUUCUAUGUAGAUGAUUUGUUAACAGGCUGUGAAUCUGUGGAAGAAGGCAAAUUAGUAUACCAAGAGAUGAAUGAACUUUUGAAAAAAGGUGGAUUCGAUUUACAGAAAUGGAGCAGUAACAAUGAAGAAUUAAUAAGUUACAUGAAAGAAACUGAUGUCAAAGAGGAAGGAAGUCUCCAGCUAAAGAUAGAUGCUGUCAUGAAAAUUCUGGGACUCGUCUGGAACCGCCGAAAUGACGAAUUUGAGUAUUCGGUACAACUUCCUCCACUCAAAGUACCUGUAACAAAGAGAAGUGUCAUAUCUGACAUAUCAAGGCUGUUCGAUCCACUCGGCUGGUUGGCUCCAGUGAUCAUAGUAGCCAAGAUUUUCAUCCAAAAAUUGUGGCUGUCGGGAAUUGAAUGGGAUGAUGAAGUUCCACCACAAUUACUGAAGGAUUGGCUAAACUACAGAGAAAGUCUAAACCAACUUACCGAAUUCAAGCUGCCCAGAUGGAACCACGCUAGUUCCAAUGUAACUGCGGAAAUUCAGGGAUUCUGCGACGCUUCUAAUGAAGCUUUUGCCGCUGUUGUGUACUUAAGGACUAUAGAUGGAGAAGGAAAUGUGCACGUGUCACUGAUCACGUCUAAAACGAAAGUGGCACCAAUUAAACAAAUUUCUAUUCCACGUCUGGAAUUGUGUGGGGCUGUGUUACUCACUAAAUUGCUGGUUGAAGUAGCCGACGUUAUGAGUAUCAGCAAAGUGAACAUUCACGCUUGGACUGACUCCACAGUAGUCAUCUCUUGGCUAAAUAGUCGUCCAAAUCGAUGGAAAACUUUCGUCGCCAACCGUGUAUCUGAAAUAAUAACGUCGGUAGAGCCGCACCAAUGGUCCCAUGUCUCGUCGAAAGAUAAUCCUGCAGACUGCGCAUCUAGAGGUACACGACACCUGAGUAAUGAAGAGCUCUGGAUAGAAGGUCCGUCGUGGCUGAAAAAUAAGGAGAUUAACUAUAAAAAACCAAACAUAAAGGAUACGAACUUAGAAGAAAGAAGCACUAAAGCAUGCUUCGUGAAUACUUACGAUAAUGAUGAUGUCACAGCAGAUGCCGAAGAAACACUUAUUUCAAGGUUUUCUAAAUUGUGGAAACUGCUACGCGUUCUGGCUUUCUGUAAACGAUUCUUGAAAUGUGCUAGAAAAGAAAAAGUAAGUCUGUGGUUAACAAGCAGUGAAAUCCAAGAAACUUUGAAAAUGUGUAUAAAGAUUGUGCAAGGAAAUCAUUUCAAAGAGGAGUUGAAGAACCUGAAAGAAAAUAAAACGGUUAAUAAGAAAAGUCAACUUACCUCACUGAACCCGAUUGUAGAUGGAGAUGGUGUCCUAAGAGUUGGUGGAAGAUUAGAGCACGCUGGAAUUAGUGAACAGAUGAAGCAUCCAGUAAUAAUUCCACAUAAGUCACACUUAACAACUUUAAUCUUAGACAAUGCGCACGAAAAAACUCUGCAUGGUAACCCGCAACUGAUGCUCAAUUACAUGAGAUCCAAAUAUUACGUAAUCGGAGCAACCAAUGCGGUUAAGUUGUUCGUUCGCAAAUGUGUGACAUGUGCUCGCUAUGCCGCUGCAUCGCGACAUCCACUGAUGGGACAGUUGCCGUCAGUUCGAGGAACUGUCAAUCGCCCCUUUUUUCAGAGUGGUGUGGACUAUGCUGGUCCAAUAAACAUGCGCACCUCAAAGGGAAGAGGUCACCGCUCUUACAAAGGCUACAUCUGCCUUUUCAUUUGUAUGGCGACAAGAGCAAUACAUCUUGAAGCAGUCAGUGACUUGACAGCUCAAGGAUUUAUUGCGGCAUUUAAACGCUUUACAGCACGUCGUGGUCAUUGCGCUGAUUUGUGGAGCGACAAUGGAACGAACUUCGUGGGAGCUGCUCGUGAGCUGAAGCAGUUAUACGCCGAAGAACGAUCAAGCGUGGCUGUGGAAAUUGCUGAUCAGCUUGCUACAAACUCCACUAAUUGGCAUUGGAUUCCUCCACAUUCUCCAAACUUUGGAGGCCUCUGGGAGGCUGGGGUCAAAUCCACGAAAUAUCACCUUAAACGAGUGAUUGGAGAUUCCACCUUGACAUUUGAGGAAAUGGCAACGGUUUUAGCUCAAAUUGAAGCUUGCCUUAACUCAAGGCCUAUGUCAAGAAUCAAUAGUAGCAACAGUAAUGAUCCUAUACCACUCACUCCUGGACAUUUUUUGGUUGGAGAGCCCCUAGUACUUGUGCCAGAUUCCAACUAUGAAAGUACUAAUGUAGGUAGUUUAAGAAGAUGGCAGCUAACACAAAAAAUGGUUCAAGAUUUCUGGCGCCGAUGGUCGCGUGAAUAUCUGACUCAGUUUUACCACCGUUAUAAGUGGGCCCAUCAAACGCCCGAGCCAGUAGUAGGUAGUGUGGUGUUAGUAAAGGAAGAUAAUUUGCCUCCAGCAAGAUGGUUGUACGGUGUAGUCAUUGAUAAACACCCAGGUCUGGAUGGAAUCACUCGAGUAGUUAGUUUACGUUGUAAAGGGAAUAUUAUUAAACGACCUGUUGGCAAACUAUGUUUUUUGCCAAUAGAAACUUAAAGUGUUAGUUAAGAUUUGUAUUUUUGUUUCUUACCAAAUGCAAGUUGAAGUUUUUAAUUUGGUAUCAUUUGUUCAAUUUAAAUGCAAAGUUAUUUCAGUGUGCUGAGUUAUUUGUUUACAUUUUGAAUAUCACAUGUUGCAAUUUCCUUUCACUGUGUCAUGAUAUAAGUUUUGUUGUAUUUUGUCAUAGUUAGUUGUCUCAUGGUGGGCGGAAAUAAGGACAUUUGUGUUAUUAUUGUCCUUGGUGGGCGGAAUGUCCAACUUCUGUUUGUAUUUGUUAGGAUUAUUUUGCAAGAAUUAAUUUUAAUUGUCAAAUUGCCUGCUAGAUGUCGCUGCAGCGUUUGUUGAAAAUCCUAGUUCGCGGUGUUAAGAUUUUUCCGAGAAACGUGACGUCUGGCCGGUACUAAAUAUUGUUAAGCUUUUAGAACAGUUUUACCUCUAUUGAAUUUAUUACAUUAUUGUAUAGUCAAUAAGAGUGCUUUUUUUAGGGUCCCGUACCCAAAGGGUAAAAACGGGAACCUAUUACUAAGACUCCGCUGUCCGUCCGUCCGUCCGUCCUUCUGUCACCAGGCUGUAUCUCAUGAACCGUAAUAGCUAGGCAGUUCAAAUUUUCACAGAUGAUUUAUAUCUGUUGCCGCUAUAACAACAAAUACUAAAAAGUACGUAACCCUCGGUGGGCGAGUCCGACUCGCACUUGUCCGGUUUUUUUAGUUUAGUUUCGAAUUACAAACAUUACAAACAUCUUCAACGAAUCACGAAAAUCAUGUUGGUUUAAGAAAAUUUAUUCUUUUUACAAGACAUACUAAACUUUGCGUUAAGAAAUUUCAGCUCUAGAUAUAAAUAAUAUCAUACCUAUUUCACAUCCAGUAACGUACUCUUGAACCAAUGCUUUUUCUUAUUACAUAACAGGAAA